GUACCUUAGUUAGGGUUUCUGUUUUCCAAAUCAAAUUGGAAGCUGUGAAUAAAAUUUCUGUUAGCUUCCAUUGACAUCAUUCAAAUAGAACAAAAUGGGAUCCAAAAAUGCAAAUGUGAAGAACCACAAAAAGGACAAGAGGAAGAAGAAGGGCGAGGAUAGUUGGAAUUCAAAUCAUUCAACACCAAAUGAUGGUAACGUUAUCAGCGACCCUCGAUUUUCAAGGGUUCACACGGACCCUCGGUUUCGUGAGGCUCCAAAGCGUGAAACAAAGGUGGCCAUUGACUCUCGCUUUGACCGCUUGUUCACUGACAAGAGCUUUUUGCCCUCUUCUGCUCCUGUCGACAAGAGAGGCAAGCCCAAGAACAACGCUACGUCUCAACCCGGUUCUCUACGCCAUUACUACAAAAUCAAUGAAAAUGAAGUGGAGCAGAUUAGUGACGAGGAAGAAGACGAGAAAGAAGAGGGAUUGGUGAAAGCGAAUCGUGUGAAACCAGAGAGUGACGAAGAAGAGACCAGUGAAUCAGAAGAGUCUGCAACUGAGUCAGAAGAGGCCAGUGAAUCAGAGUCUGCGAUAGACACUGAUACUGAUACUGAUACUGAUACUGAUUCAGAUGAAGGUGCAGACGAGGAAAUUUAUGAGGAAGGAGCAACUGAAACGCAGGAAGAUAUACCGGAGAUUAAGAAAGAAACGCAUAGGCUUGCUGUUGUUAACAUGGACUGGAGGUAUGUUAAGGCUGUUGAUUUGUAUGUGUUGUUAAGUUCAUUUGUCCCACCUAAUGGGCUGAUCAAAUCGGUAGCUGUCUAUCCGUCUGAGUUUGGUCUUCAACGUAUGAAAGAGGAGGAAGUUCAUGGGCCUGUUGGCCUGUUUGAUGAUGAAAAUGAAAAAAGUGAUGAAGAUAGCAGCGAUGAUGAUAUUGAAAAUGAGAAGCUGCGUGCAUAUGAGAAGAGCAGGAUGCGGUACUAUUACGCUGUGGUGGAAUGUGACUCAAGUACUACAGCAGAUUGCAUUUACAAAGAAUGUGAUGGUCUUGAGUUUAUACAGUCAUCCAAUGCACUUGAUUUAAGGUUUAUUCCUGACAACAUGGAAUUCAAACACUCACCUCGAGAUGUUGCUACAGAGGCACCUGCAAACUAUGAGUGUAAAGAUUUCUAUUCUCGAGCACUCCAGCACAGUAAGGUUAAUCUUUCUUGGGAUGAGGAUGAACCUCUUCGUGUGAAGACCUUGAAUCGAAAAUUCACUGAUGAGCAGCUAGCCCAGUUGGAAUUGAAGGAAUUCUUAACUUCUGAUGAGAGUGAAAGUGAUGGUGAGGAUAACAAUGAGACAGAUCAGCCUGAUAAAAAGGCUAGGAAACAAGAUAAGUACCGUGCUUUGCUCCAAUCUGGCAAUGAUUCAGAUGGAGGCGAUGAGCAUGGAAAUGUCCAGGAUAUGGAGGUCACUUUCAAUACAGGUUUGGAAGAUAUAAGCAAACAUAUUAUGGAAAAGAAGGAUAAGAAAUCAGAAACAGUUUGGGAAGCAUAUUUGAGGAAAAGACUUGAAAAAAAGAAGGCUAGGAAAAAUAAAACAAAGUAUAUAUCAGAUGAUGAUGAUGAUGAUGAUAACAAUGAUACUGAACAAGAGGCAACUGAAGAAGCAGAUGAUUUCUUCAUUGAAGAAGCUGCUGUUAAGAAGAGGAAGAGGACACAAAAUAAAAAUGAAGAGCAUAAGCUCCAAGAUAUGAAUGGGGUAGAGAAAGCAAGCAAAGAGGAACUUGAACUAUUACUUGCAGAUGAGAAGGGGACAAACACAGGUCUCAAGGGAUAUAAUCUAAAAUUUAACAAGGGCAAGGGAAAAAAGAGGGAGAAAGCUAUUAAUGAGGGGAAAAUACCAAGCAGUGCAUAUGAUGAUCCACGAUUUGCAGCUCUUUUCUCUCCUGACUACGUAAUUGAUCCCACUAACCCACAAUUUAAAAGGAGUGCAGCACAUGCCCGACAGCUAGCACAGAAGCAGCAAAAGGGUAACAAGGAUUUAGGAGCAGAAAAGGAUGAUGUGAAACACGAAUAUAUGCAGUUGUCCUCUGAUGAUAUUGGCAUGAAGAAGGUUGAGGAAGAAGGAUUAGAUGCUUUGAAGUUAAAGAAAGAUAAACAUGAUUUAUCAUCUUUGGUUAAAUCGAUUAAGAUGAAAUCAAAGCAAGUUCAGUUACCCUCUGAUGGUAACCGAAGGAAAGAUGGAAAAUCACAAAUUAAAGGUAUGAAGAAAAAGCGGCACUAGUUUUGAACCUUGGGGGUUCAAAGUUCUAACGACACACUCGAAUGCAGGAGCGGAAGUAUGAAGUUAUUAUGGUCUUUUUCACAUGUUAUAGAACCCAGCAGUGGGAAAGGAAGUUCAAGGAAUUAUGAAAGAAUUGUAGACAAAAGGUGAGAAAUGGAGAUUCUGGUAGUUUUUGUCAGAAGCCUGGGUGUCUUAUUCCUGACCUUUAUCAUCCAGUUGAAAUUUUGAAUCCACAUAGUUAAAAUACUUUUUAUUUUUGUU